AUGCACAUACGAGAGAGAGAGAGAUCGAGACAGACAGAGAGGAAGAUGAGGAAAAAGGAGGUCCUUCGGAUACCUCAGAGAUGUAAUCGACUCGGAUACUCGGAUUCAAAACAGAGUCCCUCGUUUCUUUUUGCCUUUUGUUCUUCUUUCCUAAAGAAAACGCAAACGCCUAUCGCACGCCACGAUUGCGGGACGCACAGUUCUCCUUCAACAGAGAGACAAGUUCAUCUCUUUUUCGGUGGGUCCUCCUCUUAUAGAGUCUCCUCCGUGUCAUCUGCUUUCUUCUCGCUCCUUCCUCCCUCGCUCGUCAGCUCGUCGCUUCUUCUUUCGCCGCCAACUGCAAGGAGCUCCCAAAUCCCGAAGCGGCGCAACGGCCUCGCCGCAGCCAGUCUUCUUCGCAGAAAACCGCCACACGGCGACAACGAGGGCCCACAACAAAAUCCGUGCCCGAAUAUAAGCCGACCCCCUCGGAGGGCUCCAUCCGCGACGCAGACACGCUCACUUCUCGAAAACUGA